AUGCCAUGAAUUUUAUCAAAUGUUUCUACUGCUCUAAUAUGGCUUGAUAUAUAUUUUUCAAAAAAAUUACAGGGUUUUGUCCAUUUGAAAAUAUGUUGUGAUUGUGAGAUUUUUUUUACCCAGUCUCAUGUUUUUGUACAGGACCACUCUAGUCCUAACUACUGCAUGAUGAACAAAACUGUAUAGAUAGUUUAUUGGCUUGCUUUCACAUGACAAUCAGUAAAAUUUUCAAUUUGAGAUAAGCACUUGUCAUUGUGGUCGAUAUGUCCUAGCAAUUAUUAAAAUGUUGAUUUCAAUUAUGACUGCAUCCCAUGUUAAAUCUAGUUCAAACCCCAUGCCCACUGCCUGACCCCUGGUGUAAUAAAUUAUGUAGGCAAUGCCAGAAAGAUUCAGGUACUUCCAAACUAUAGUAGCAGUGGUUGUUUGGUCUGAGACUUGUUCUGAGCAAAAAAGCAUAUAAAUAGCCUGCAUAAAAAAUUAUCACCCCUGAGAGCAAUUUUAUUAUUAAAGGUAACAAAAAUUAGUAGCAUCUGAUCAGUUCAUAAUUCUUUUCAGGUCUCUAUUGAGAAUCUGCAUAUCAAGUGAAUUAAUAUAACAGAAAAUACCAUAUUUCCCUCUUUCCAAUGUUUACAUGAUUUAUAGUAAACAAGUUGUAUUGUUUCAAUAAUGUUUUAGUGAAACAAAGAUUUUUCAUUGUUUUAUGAUGUAUCGAAUAUCAAACCAAUUCACAUUAUUCAGUCAAUGGUUUUAUUUUCAAUGAGAAAUCGAGAAUAACAAACAAAAACAACCACAUAUGUCUCUAAGAAGGCUUAAAUGUAAAACAAUGGAGGUUGCUAUUGUUUGUGAGCAACAACAUGCUUCCUAUCAGUAACAUUAUCACUACUAGCAUCAAUUUACUAUGAAAAAUUUUAGUUAACAUAAGUACUAUGAACUAUGAUUUUUACUCAGUGAUUGGAAAUUAGAUGAAAAGGUGCUGAAGAUAAAAGAUAACAUGGUUUCACUUGAGUUCGAUGGGUGCUGAGAAAUUUUAGGACGCAAGUCUAUUUUUUUCACAAAUGUUUUAAUAUUUGUGUGUGUUGUAAUGUGUAGCAUAUAUAAGAUGGCAGUUAAAUGUUUUUAACUUCUUAGAUCACUUGGAAAUUUUUGGCUGUUAUGACUGCAUAUUGAUAUGCUGCUAUCUGGCGAUGACAUUUUAUACCAGAAUCUGGCAAGGGUGAAUUAUUCUGGUUUCUGGUAACUCCAAUGUCGUUUUGUGCAAUAAAAUGAAACAUUGACUCUAAAUACUGAAGUUUUAAUAUAUUAAUUUCAUCACAAAUGAUGUCUGAGUUAAUCCUCUGUUAUCAUUGAGUUCAUUUGAUCUUUUACAUUCAUUUCUACAAGCUUUGUUUUUUGGAAUUUAUUUUAAACAGACUUUAAUUUUUAUUUAAAGCAUAGUUGUAGUUAAGGUAGAUAUAUUAUUUUCGGAUGCAGUAUGUUUUAUAAUGUGUUACAAUUGAAGAUGUAAUAUUUUUUGAAUAUAUUUGAAACAUUGUGAUUAAGCAACACUACAAUUCAAUAUCAAAUUGGAUGGUUUAUGAUAAAAAAGAAUGCCAAGUUUAGCAGAAAUUCGCAAGAUUUCUCUUCAUACUUUACAUAGGAGUGCGACCCAAAAUUGGGAAAAACAGAACAGAUCUUUAAGUCGCGAUAAAAAAUUUCUAAGAUCUUCAAGUAUGCCAGCUCUGAAAAUUAGGAAGAAAAAUGAAGGGAAUCAGUCAACAAACAGACCAGAACGUGCCUCCUCAUCAAAGUAUAUUGAUGACACCUCUGGUAGGAAAAUGUCUUCAUCAUCAGACUCUGGAGAUGAUAAUGAUGAUUUAAUAUCAGAAAGCACUGACAGAUCUUAUCAGAAUAUCAUGUUUGGAUUUCAAAAACUUGCUAGAUACGAGCAGCCACCUAAAACAACAGAUAUUAUGGACAUUUUAUAUAAUGGAAGAGUUCACAGAUUUUUUCUUCUUGAUUCAAGAGGAAUCGUUUCAUGGGAUCCAAGUGCAGAAAAUACAGAUAAGAUAACAAGAGAAUUACAUUUUCCUAAAUACAAAACCAAGCUUCUACGUUCUGUCAUCUUCUGCAAGAAACAUAAUGUGUUCUUUGCGAUAUGCAGCGAUUUUACUUUGAAGGUCUAUAACAAAGAUUUUCAUGAAACAUUCAAGACAGAAAACAAAAGCAUGAGAUCAAUUUUACAUCUGGUAUUUAAUCCAGUUACUGAUGAAUUAAUUUCAUCUGGAGUUGCUGGAACUGUUGUGUGGAAAUAUAAACAAACACAAAGAAAUUUAUUUGACACUAUUAAACCAAUGGCUAACUAUGAACUUCAAUUACAUGCAGAAUAUCCCAACAUUGGGGGAACAUGGUGCACCAAAGUCGAAUUGAUAUCUUCUUCGCAAUAUCUAUUCUAUUGUUCUGAUAUGGAUUUAUAUGCAUAUGAUGCUAGAGAUAUAAGAAAACUCUUUGUUAUUCAUGGGGCUCACAGUGCUGCACUAACAUGUAUCGGAUUUUCAUCAACUCAUCGAACAUUAUUAACUGGAAGUGUUGAUUGUGAAGUCAAAGUAUGGGGAGCAUCUGGAGGACAUGUUUGUACAUUGAGAGGUCAUUCUAGACCUGUUACAAGCAUUCUCAUUCACCCUGAUAUACCAGGCCUGGUAUUUUCAAGUUCUAUGGAUGGGACAAUAAAAGUGUGGUCUCUUCAUACCAUGGAUUUAUUCUCAAGUUUGAGUGUAUUUUCUGAGGGAAUAAGAUGGAUGAAUUUAACUGAUGAUGGAAUGAUAUGGUGUGCCAAUUUGAAAAAGAUAUCUGUGUACAAGUUUGAUGCUGUUGUUUCAUUCUGGGGACAUACAAGGUGUUGUAUAACUGAUCUGAAAAUUCUCAACCAUCCUGGUAAAACAAAGAGGCUUAUGGCUGUUGGUGAAGAUGGUAGCGUUCGAUUGUUCAGUCAAUCAACAGCAAACACAUCUGCUUUAUGUACUGUUCUACCUCCGCCUGUUGUAUCUUUGCUUGACAAUGUGCGUGAUGUAACUGCUUCUCGAUAUCAUCAUUUAUUCUUUAUUCUGAUAAAUCCAACAACGAUUUGGGUUUAUACUGCACAGACAGAUCCAGCUUGCAGGAUUUCUGCAUGGAACAUUCCUGUAAUAUUAAAAGAAGGAAUCAUAGAAUCUUCCACAGAUACAGAACUUGAACCUGCGACUAAAAGCACCUCAACAACAUCUAUAUCUAGUCAAAUUUUGCGUAGUUUUGAAGAAAAAAAAGUAAUGCACGGAUGUACUCAAAUAUUAUCUGGUAAAACAAAAUCAUCUGCAUGCUGUUGUAUCCUUGCGGUUUAUUCUGAAAAUGGAUUUCAAUAUCAUUCUCCUCUUGGACUUUGUUGUGCCAAAUCAAGACAUUUACUUCUGUUUGGGCUUGAAGAUGGUCGAGUUAUUUUUGUAGAUCAAAAACAACGUGGUCUUCUAUAUUGUGAACUACAAGUUUCUAAAGAUGCAAUUAAAUCUAUGAAAUAUGAAAACGAAAAAAGUUGGCUGAUAACUCAAACUAACAACAAUUUAAAUGUUAUGUUUUACAUAUGGAAACUACCAGAACUGGAAUUGCUUUACAAAAUUUCAGCUCCAAUAACCACAACAUGUUAUACUAUACUGGACAACACUCUGAUCACUGGUCAUUCAAAUGGACUGGUCAUACUUUUCUCGAUUGCCCCAACCGAUGAGAAUGCAGAUUCAUCGAUAGAACAUGACAAAAAUCAUUCUGAACAUAAAGAUAAAAUUACUGAUGUAAAAGCUUGUAAAAAACAAAAUGUUUUCUGCACCUGCAGUGCUGAUGGUUUCAUUAAAAUCUGGGAUUCGAAUAAAACAUUGCUCACUGAUAUAAAACUUGGUGAAGAUUUGACAUGUUGUGAUUUUCUAAAUAAUCAUGGUGAUCUUAUUAUUGGUUGGAAACGUCAUCUAUUUCUUAUUGAUCACAAGACAUUAUCAUUGGAUGAAGAAAGCGGUGAAUUAUCAGACAAUGUAGAAAAAGAAUCAGAUAUUUAUGAAGAUCCUUCUAUAAGAUAUGAGAACAAUUUAAAGACAAAAUCAAAACCAAGUACAAUAACGAUGUACAAGUAUCUUGUACCUUAUGGAUUUAUUGCUACUGAAGGAAAUGAUAACAUUGACCUGAAAAAAAUGCAAGAAGAGGAUAAAGCUGGGAGUGAUGAUUCUGAAGGUUCAGAACAUACAUUGUGUGCAAUGACAGAUACAUAUUUAUCGCCUGCAACAUCUAUGGAAUCAUUUGGUAUCAUUGACACAUUAUUUCCACGAAAUUCUCCUGAUCACGAUAAAGUUACAAAAACAUCAGAUGUUAUAUUUCCUGAAUUUGGAAUAUCGCCUGGGCCAACUCCACCUGAGAGUGUUUUCAGUAAUUCAAAUGAAGAAUGUCUUUCUAUAGAAGAUGACAUUGUUGUAUCAGAAGAGGUACUCGACCAUCCAUGGAUGACGGCUGAGAAGAAAGUUGACUUGAAAGAGAAACUUUCUACUGGUGUAGUUGUAGCAAAAGCUAUUAAGAAAAUGUCAAAGAAAAAGAAAGAUGAAAUUGUUGCAACACAACCCAUAAAAUCUAGGUUUGCGAGUGCUGAAAUAGAUGCAAAAGAUAUGAUGAAAAAAGGAAUGAAUGUUGUAUUUGCUGUUGAAUCAAUGCAGAAAGAUAGAAAAAAGAAGAAAACUAGUUCUGCUCAUGAUAGACCAUUGUCAGCCAAGCACAUUUUGAAGAAAACUCGUCGACCAUCAACUGCAAGUCUCAGAAGGAAAAGCCUCCAUCCGACUGAAAUUCCUCUCCAACCUUGGCAAGUGAAAGAUGAUGGAUCUGCUGGUGAUUCAGAUUCUUCUCCCAUUGAAGUACAAUUGGACACAAGAGCCGUAGAAAAUAAACUAAUGGAAUUGGGUUUGAAAAUGACGCCACAGCAUAAAGUUAACAGUUCAUUACCAGAGAAAUCUUCAUCUGCUGCUCAGUUCCAUAGGAAGAAGCAAGCAAUAUCUAGUGCAAAACCUAAUGUUCCAGUCAGCAGUAAAUUGAAACGUAGAAUCAGUAAAUCUGCAGCAGUGAAUCGUCGGAAAUCUACAACUCACAAGGAUGGAAAUAAAUCUUUGAUUGUAAAUAAUACUCCAGUUCCAGAACCUUCAAAAUUACUGAAUCAAUUGAAUAAUUCUCAUCAUAUCAAAUCACCUAUUGCACAAGGUAAUUUUACUCAUGAAGCAACAUCACUAAAUAAACCAGUUACCCAUGUUGACAUGAAAUACAGGCAACAAUUUGCUGAAAAAUCAGAAGAUAAUACUUUGAAGAACGGUAUGGAAAAUAAUGAGACUGAACCCGAUUUAGUGAAUGCAAAGAUUUCAAAUGAACAGAAUGAAGGACAAACAAUAUCUUCAUCAACAAAUAAUUCCAGUAGUUUAUUUCAAUCUUCAAGUCAAGAUGAAAUCACCGAUAAUAAAUCUCAUCUCAAAUCAGAACAACAUCUUCAAAGUAUUGCAGAAACAAAUGGAGAGGAGGUUCAAGAUAUUGACUGCUUGAAUAUGAGAGAAAUCCUGGAUAAACGGAGAAUUGAAGAAGAUGGUGACAGUGAUGAUGAUGAAAUGAUAAUUCCUAAUUUAUUGGAAUAUGAUUUCCAUGCCAUCUAUAAAAAAGAUGGUUUACAGUUCGAUGAGAAGUGGCAGGAUCGUAUGUUGGAAAGAUAUCUUUUAUUAAAACUUCAAAAGGAACAAAGACAAGAAGCCGCAAUGAAUAAAAGAAUUUUUCUUGAACAAGAAAGACAGUUUCGUCUACUUGCUUCUCAACCGGAUUUACUUCAAAAAUACAACGAACCAUGGUACGAAGAUCCUGACUUACUUGCAAACUAUAUUCUGAACAGUAACUUAAUGCAGGGUAAAGAAACACCUUCCAAUCACAUGGAAAACCAUGAUUAUCAUUUGUAUAAACGACCUAUGAGUGAGGCAUCGAUACACAAAGAUUCAAGCGAUAGAUGGUCAGAAAGAGAUCGACAUUUUAGAUUUUCGAUCAGAGAUCAAUCCAAUGCAGAUACCCAUGAUAGAUCAAGUAUUCUUCCAAAAUGUACAAAAAUAUCAACUCCGCCCAAUAAUUAUCUUCCCCCAACAUCUUUCAAUAGCAAUACUGCUCUAAGAACCAAAAGCUCAUGUUCAUCUUUUCAAAGACUGGCAACAGAGAGACCAAGAUCAAGUACAUCUAUACCUGGAAAAACAAGGUACAUUUUAAUCAAAUCUGGGAAAACCAAGAAGCCGGUUAAAGCACCAAGUCCCACUAAAUUAGAAGAAAAUUUGUUAAAGAAGCGAUUUCCGAGCCAACAUUGUCACGUUAUGAAAUCACUCGGACGACUCGAUGAACUAGAACUAUCAGAUUAUGAUGAAAUAACAAAAGCACAACAAUGCUUGAACAGUAGAGUAACUACUCCUGUCUUUGGAAAUCGCCACGCACAAACUGCUAUUCCAGAUACCGGAGGAAGGCAUUUACAGAAAAGUUACAAGAGUGAGACAGAUGCCCAUGUUGUUACAAGAAACACUCCUGUUAAAGGUUUUGGUUCGGUACUUGAUCAAAUAGAACCGUCAUCAUCAGUUUGUUACACAAAUUCCUGGAUGUCUCCUUCUUCGAAUGUUUGUAUAAAUCCAUUGGACAUUGUUAAACGAAAAUCAUCAGGUAAUAUACCCCAUCAAAAACAUAUCUCUGCUUGAGUUUCUUCACAUAGUCUUCUUCAUUCAAUUUUGAGUAACCAAAAUGAGACACAUUUGUCAGAGGAUAUAUUAGUAAGUAAGAAUUCAAGUCAUCACAGUAGUCCAUACUGUUGCGAAUUUCAUUGUGAUUCUUUGUUCCAUACUUUAUUUUUCUUUAAACCUAUUAGCAUAUAACAAUGAAUUGUUAGUUAGAUAACUUUGUUUUUGAAUCUCAGAUUUUGGAAAAUAUCUUAAUCCAUGUGACUCAAAGUAAGUGCAUUUGUGAGAUUAUGCCCUUAGUAUUCAGAGCAUUGCAUGUAAUCUAUAUUUCUAAGUAAUCUGAUGUAUCUAUGUUUUUCACAAUUUAUUGUUGUUACCCUGGCUAAAUACCUAUCGCUGCUAGACUGUGAUUUUUCUAUUUUCGGAGAUUUCUUUACCGCUGUUUGUGAUGUUUAAGAGAAGUGUAGGAGCAUGGAAAUUUCUUCCAAACCAACACUUAGUAGAAUAAUAAUCUCAUAACCAAAACCAGGGGUGGCCAACACAACGAUUGAAAUCGAUUGAUCAAUUGCCACAUGUGGAGUGGAUGAUUGCACCUGAUUUUGAUACAACUUUAUUAACAACAUGCUAAAAUAUUUGUCUUCACUAUAAUUCUCGCUGCGACUUCUGUGUUCUAAAAAGAAAGGAAUAUGUACUGCACUUGCCAAAAAAAAAACGAUAUGAUUUGAGACAAGUCUGAUGAGGCACAUUAAAACGCAACAAAUUCAAGUUUGUCUUUGUCAACAUUUAAAAACGAAAAGACUGAGUGAGAUUUUUUAGGUGACGAAUAAUUCUGAAAUCUAUAAUUCAUUUUGCCCUUAAUUUCUUCAUCAUCACAAAGAUUUUUUCUAUCCUGGAGUGCUAUAAAUUGUGUUCCCAACAGUAGUAGUAACGUCACAGCAUCCAUUUUGAUGUUGAUCAAUACUUGUUGUUAAAUUGUUAAUACUCGUUCACUUUUGUGUGUGAAUGCAUUGUCGAUCUCGGUCGAAAAUAGGUUAGCCGCCCCAGACAUAAACAAGCAGGACAAAUUUAAAAACGAUGUGUUUUAAUUAUCCUGGUUCCAAUGUUAUGAACAUUGCCAAUAUCUACCUCUUAUCCAACCAAUUAGAUAAACUGAAAUGAUCUCAAUACCACAGUGAUAAGUUAAUGUAACAUUUCAGAGUCUUCGUUCAACUGCUCUCUAUAAGAUUUUUGGGAUACCUUGCCUUAGGCCUAGACUUUUUCCAUUUUAUUUGUUCACCAUAUUAAAUUUGCUUCCUUCAAAGAUGGCAAAAAUAUAUAUUUUAUGUACUGUUUUAAACACCUUUUUCUGUAUCUGAUUUUACUUUAUUCUUUUUUUCAAAAGUAUUCCAUCUAUCUUUAUUAUCUAUUUGAAUUGUUCAGUAAUGUAUUUCAGUUAAAUUCAUUUUAAUAAAACUGUAGCACCGAAGA